AUGACGUCAUCAUUUGUUCCCCUUACUAUGGACUGCGUAUAUAAGCCUGCGACGAGCCUAGUCAGCUGUCAGUCGUCCAUCUCGGAUUCCUCAAGACGAAUAUUCAUCAUGAAGGUUAUGCUGGUUCUCGCUCUGGUGGCCUGUGCUGCUGCCAUGCCCUCUCCUCACCCCGGCUUCGUCUACUCCUACGGCCAUCCAUACGUCCACUCCUCCUACCCCGUCGUCAACUCUGCCAAGGCACAUACCCCUGCCAGCACCGUGCCCCUCGUCUACCCCUACGGUCACAAUCUCCCCCAAACCUAUACCUACCCCCACACCUUCCCCAACACCUUCCCCUACAGCUUCCCUUACACUUACCCCUUCAUGGUCAAGGCCGACGAGGCCGUCGAGGAGGAACCUAUGACUGAGGAGGAAGCUGCAGGCAUGGAAGAGCUUAUGGCUGAGGAGGAGCUAAUGGCUGAGGAGCUGAUGGCUGAGGAGGAGCUAAUGGCUGAGGAGGAACCUAUGGCUGAGGAAAAGGCGGUAGCAGAGGACAAACCAGUCGCUGAGGAAUAG